AUGCGCGUGGUUGGCCUAGUGAGUGGUGGCAAGGACUCCAUUUGGAAUUUGCACUACUGUCACCACUUGAAGCAUGAGAUUUGUUGCUUGGCGCAUUUGGCGCCUCCAGAAGGAGUCCUCGAGAUGGAUUCCUACAUGUACCAAACAGUAGGCUCUGAGUUGGUCACCUCUAUCGCGGAGGCCAUGGGCUUACCUCUCGUGCGGCGCUGCAUCGCCGGCGCGCCGAAGCGCUUGGACUCCGCGGAGUAUGCCCCAGAGGAAGGCGAUGAGGUGGAGGAUCUCACACUCCUUCUGCAAGAUGUCCUGCAGGCCUUUCCGGGGGUGGAGGCCGUGAGCUGUGGGGCGAUUCUAAGCGAUUAUCAGCGCUGCCGCGUGGAACACGUUUGUGGCCGUUUGAAGCUGAAGGUCUUGGCCUUCCUUUGGCGCCAGGAGCAGCCUCUACUUCUUCGCCAGAUGAUUGCAGGAGGGCUGGAUGCUCGCAUUGUCAAGGUGGCUUGCAUGGGCUUGGAUCAACGUCACAUUGGGAGAUCAAUCCUGGAGUCCAAUUUUGCCGCUCAUCUCUUUGGGCUUGGUCAGAAGUGGGGCGUGCAUGUUUGCGGUGAGGGCGGCGAAUACGAGAGUGCAGUCUUUGAUGCGCCGCUCUACCGAGAACGCUUGGCUUUGCCUGAAGGCGCCUGGGAAGCGAUUUCCCAUCCCUCCGGGGAUGCUGAUGACGUGGCUUUGAUGGCCAUCAGGGAAGUACCCAAGCGUGAGGAAAAGGAAGAUGUUCCCUCCGAGCCGCAGUUCGAAGACUACACCGGCUCGCACUUGAAGUACUACCGAGAGACCUACCCGCCGAUGACCCGCGAGCGCAUAGAUGAGCUGAUCAGUCCUCAGGAUUCCUCGUGCUGGCAGAGAUGUAGUUCCACUGCGGCGGAGAUAGGACACCAAGGCGGCGCGGGUGCGAGCGAUGCUGGCGGCGCUGGGGGUGCGGCGCUGAGAUCUCUGAGGUCGGGAGCGGCCGCGUCCUCUGCGCCAGGGGCGCUUUGGGCGACGUCCAGCCUCGAUGUGCGCGCCAUGCAGCUGGGAUCAAGUUGGGAGUCUGCAGCAGCAGAGUGUGAUGCUUUGCUGAUGGCCAUUGCUGAGUGGUUGGCCUUGAAGUCGCGUCACCUCAAGGACGUGGCCUUCGCGGAAGUUCAGGUCCGGGAUCUCAGCUGCUUCGAGGAGGUCAACGCAGCUUACGCCAAGCACUUCGUUGAGAAUCCGCCUGCACGCGUGUGCAUCGAAACGCCACUGCCUCCAGGUGUUCAAGUGAGGCUUCGACUUCUGUUGAGGCCACAUGAAGGCGCGUCUGCGCGGGACGCGCUGCGGGUGCAAUCGAUUUCCACCUGGGCCAUGGCCUGCAUUGGGCCCUACUCCCAGGCGCAACGCCUGGCGCCGGAUCUGCUGUGCAGCAGUGGGGUCUUAGGACUCGUGCCUCACUCCAUGGCGCUACCAAAGGUGGAAGACCUCACACAAGCUCAGGCGGAGCUUUGGCUCCUGAUGCGGUCCCUGUUGGCAGUACUGCAGGUCAUGGGCAGUGGCUUCCAGGAAGUUUCUUUGGCCCAGGUCUAUGUGACAGCUGGAGUGGGCCUGGAGAUUUGCCAAGAAGUGUUGGCCUACUUUCGACAGACUGCUCCAGAGCUGAUGCCGCUCAUCAGCUUCGCGGAAGUUCCGCGACUGCCCAAAGGCGGCUGCGUGGAGAUCACCGUGAUGUGCAGCAGCGACUCGCUCGGAAUACGAAUCGCAGAGGCCUCCGCCGAAAGACCGUCGCAACUGCCUGCGCUGGCACAGCAGCUGCGGUGCAUGUUGGAGCGCGAGGCGCAGGACAUCGGGGGGUCCCUGGCUGCUUUGCAAGUCCAGUUUUGCCCGGCCGACGCCGAGUCUGCGAUCCAAGACGCCAUGCAGGCGAUCGCAGCCACGGACGGUCCAGCACUGUCUUACAUGCCAGUGAGCCAGCUCCAUCUUGCUGGCAGGGAACCGACCCUCCAGCUGCGCUGCAUCGGUCGUUUCUCGGAUGUUUUUCUAGUGAAAGAGGCAAACGAUGUUCAUGUCUGAAAC